CCUGUUGCAGCAAUGGACUUGGAUAAACCAUCCGUUUGGGGAUCUCUGAAACAGAAAACUAGGCCUUUUCUGCAGAACUUGAGUGUGAAGAAGACAAGGAGAAGGUCUAGCAAAAUGGUGGAAAGGAAGCAAAGGCACUCCUUGGACCGGCGCCUCAGUGUGUCUGUGCCUGAUAUGCUGGAGGUCGAGUCUCUCACGGAGGAAGAGGUGACCUACUCGAGUGAUCAGGUGUUGUCCACGCACUCCCCUGGCGAUCUCCCCAGCUCCGUUGUGUCUCUGAAGGGCAGGAGUGCUUCCCUGAGGCAGGUGGGAGAGGACUGGCAGUGGAAGCGGCAGGAGUUGGUUAGCAUGGCUGAAUCAGAAACUCAAGUCGUGCGUGGCUCUGAGGCCACGCGGAAAUUCAGCAGUGACCUCUUCGACCAGCUGCAGAGAGCCCAUCUGAGCAGCGACCUGACUGAGGAAGGGGCUGAGUACCCAUGUGGAGGAACAGAUCUAGACUCUUCCAUGUCAUCUCAAAUUUUUGAUGAUCAGAUGGCCCUUGAGGAAGGAAGUGCCUGUGUGCGCAAGCUGCCCAGCCCCUGUGCUUACCUGCUGACGAUCCACCUGAGAGAAGGCCGGAACCUGGUGGUCAGGGACCGCUGCGGCACAAGCGACCCAUAUGUGAAGUUUAAACUGAAUGGGAAAACUCUAUACAAAAGCAAAGUAGUCUACAAGAACCUAAACCCCGUCUGGGAUGAGACUGUUGUGCUGCCAAUACAGAACCUCAGCCAAAAACUCUGGGUCAAGGUGUAUGAUCGAGAUUUAACUUCUUCUGACUUCAUGGGGUCAGCAUUUAUAGCACUCACCGAACUUGAACUUAAUAGAACUACUCAACAGAUCUUAAAACUGGAAGAUCCAAAUAGCUUGGAAGAUGACAUGGGAGUGAUUGUAUUAAACUUGAGUCUAGCAGUCAAGCAAGGUGACUUCAAGAGAAAUAGAUGGUCAAAUCGGAAGAAGCGAACUUCAUCCAAGUCAAGUUUCACGCGGAGCAUGCGGCUCUCCGAUUCGUUACGCAAGAACCAGUUGUGGAACGGACUUGUCACCAUCACGCUGCUGGAAGGGAAGAACAUGCCGGGAGGCGGUUUGGCGGAGAUUUUUAUUUUGCUAAAACUGGGCGACCAAAGGUACAAGAGUAAGACACUGUGUAAGAGUGCAAAUCCUCAGUGGAGGGAACAGUUUGAUUUUCACUACUUCUCUGACAGGAAGGAUAUGUUGGACAUUGAGGUCUGGAGAAAAGAUAACAAAAAGCAUGAGGAGCUCUUGGGAACGUGCAAAGUUGACGUUACUGCCCUGCCAAUGAAGAAGACCAAUUGUUUAGAGCUGCCACUGGAAAAACAUCCGGGGUCCCUGCUAAUGUUGAUUGCAGUUGCCCCAUGUACAGGCGUUUCUAUCUCGGAUCUGUGUAUCUGCCCCUUGGGAGACCCCACUGAAAGGAAACAGAUUUCACAGCGCUAUCGUUUAAAGAAUUCCUUUCAGGACAUGAAGGAUGUUGGCUUCUUACAGGUCAAAGUUUUAAAGGCAGCUGACCUGUUAGCAGCAGAUUUUUCAGGUAAAAGUGAUCCUUUCUGUGUAUUAGAGCUGGGAAAUGACAGUCUUCAAACACACACCGUUUACAAGAACCUCAACCCAGAGUGGAACAAAGUUUUCACAUUCCCUAUUAAAGAUAUUCAUGACGUUCUCGAAGUGACAGUGUUUGAUGAAGAUGGAGAUAAACCCCCUGAUUUUCUUGGAAAAGUUGUCAUCCCUUUGCUGUCUAUUAGAAACGGUAAACAAAGUUGUUAUGCGCUGAAGAAUAAAGACUUGGAAUGUGCCUCAAAAGGAGUAAUUUACUUGGAGCUGGAUGUCCUAUUUAAUCCUGUAAAAGCAAGCAUUAGAACAUUCAAGCCACGAGAGAAGCGUUUCAUGGAAGAGAACCGCAAAUUCUCUAAAAAGAUCUUAUCAAGAAAUGUUGAUCGUGUGAAAAAAAUCACCAUGGCAAUAUGGAAUACAAUACAGUUCCUUCGGAGCUGCUUUCUCUGGGAGUCCACGGUAAAGAGCGUGGUGGCGUUUGUGAUAUUCGUGGUCACUGUAUGGAGCGUGGAACUUUACAUGGUGCCCCUGGCUUUGCUGGUGCUCUUCGCUUAUAACUUCUCUCUCAUCAAGACCGAGAAGGUCAGCAGCACCCAAGAUGCUCAGGAGCUUAUGGGCUUGGAUGAAGAUGACGAUGAAGAUGACAAGGAAUCUGAGAAAAAAGGUUUAAUUGAAAGAAUCCACAUGGUCCAAGAGAUCAUCAUAGCUGUUCAAAGCAUCCUAGAAGAAAUAGCGUCGUUUGGAGAGAGGAUUAAAAACACAUUCAACUGGACGGUGCCUUUCCUCUCUGUCCUGGCCUGCUUAGUCCUGGCAGCAGCAACAGUUAUUUUGUAUUAUAUACCUUUGAGGUACAUUGUUUUAAUCUGGGGCAUAAAUAAAUUUACGAAGAAGUUCAGAAAUCCCUAUGCCAUUGACAAUAAUGAACUACUAGAUUUCCUCUCCAGGGUACCAUCUGAUGUUCAAAAGGUGCAGCAUGCUGAAUUGAAACCAUACAGCAGCUCCAGUCCCAUUAGGAAGAAACGGAGCGCGCUCUAGGAUGCUGAGGGAUUUUGGAACGCAGCAUCUCCCUCCAUACUGCACAAAAAAUCCCACCUUGCAGUUAACUCCUCAGAUACUGGGAUCACCGGAGAUCCAUUGCGGGCAAUGGAUGUGUCUUCUACCAUGAAAGCAUUAAAAGGACUUAGAAAAGCUUCACUCACUGACCUGAAAAGACUCUCUCGACUUGCUUUUUAUAAUUCCAUCUCAUCAGAUAUUUUAAGCAUAGCUGUUGUUUUUCUGUCUAAAUCCAGAGGGGUAACACUACAGCUCUAAGAGAAAAACACUUUUUAGCCUUAAAGAAACAAGUGCUUGUGCAGAAAGAGUGCCCAGUACCCGAAGAAGUGGUUCUGCAAUAGCAUACAGGCUUUCACCUGCUGCUGAUGUCACCUUGGAGUCUCUUCUGGCAGUUCGUAAGGAAAGGAUGAGAAAAUGAAACCAUGUGGAAACUGAGCAAGGAAGAGAAGCGAAGAAGGACCCCAUUUUCUACUCUGAGCAUAAUGCAAGUUCUUGCUUGCUUACCCGUCAUUUAACUGUUGUGCUUUUGCUUUAUAAAAUCUGCAUAACGGGUGUUGUUUGAUUGAGGAAAAUCAGAUCUGGAAUCACACAUAGGCCCGCCACUUUUAAUGUGACCGUACCCUUCGGUAUAUUAGGCACUGUAAGGUGUGGUGAAGGUUGCUUGCCACCAUGAUGAGUCUUGGGCAGCAACAGAGCUGCAACUUGGUUCCUGUGGUUCCCAGACAGGCAUCUCCACUAGCAUCCCCUGCAGUGAUUCACAGUGCAAAGAAAUGGAGAAGCCAGGGAGAAAAGUAGUAACCAAAGUAACACUUUGAAAAUGGUAUGAUCAACCAUAAAACUGGAAUUAUUUUGCUUAUGGACUGGAGAUCUGAGUGGAGUCCUCCUGUGUUGUUCAGUAAUGCCACCUUCUUGUGGGCCUGUUGCAUGAAUUUAGAGGAAAACUAAAGACCGGAGUAUCUUCAACUGGAUUGUUAUCCAGAUUCAGUGAUUUUCCAAGAAGCUUAUCUGUCAAAGUAACAAGAUUCACCGUGCCUCUGAAGAGGCACACUUUUGUAGAUUUAAUUUGAUAAUGUGUUUUGCUCAUGUAAGGCUAUGUGUAGCUGUAUAUGAAAAGAUAGAAGAAAGAUUAUCCUAGUUACAAUCCUACAGAAAUGCCUGUGUGUGCAUGUGUGCAUACCCAUGCAUAUAAACACAGUUGUGUAUACAGAAGGGUUCGUACAUAAUGUAUUUAUAGAUGAGUAUGUGGAGGGGAAAUGGGUGAAUAUACAGAUUUUAAAACCUUCAAAGAGAAUGUUUAUGAAAAUUGCCAAAGAUUCUAAAGCUUAUCAUGUUGUGUCUGUUCUUCUUCAUAUUGCAUCUUUCCCGGCAUGUGUCUCUGGCUGAGCCAGAUCUCUGCAUGAUUUGAUUUACUUCAAGUUAAUGAAGCUGGUUGGAAAGAGCCUUGUAGAAAUCAUAAAAUCUCCAGUAAAUCUCCUACUUGUACAUACAAUAAAUGUCCGUGGACCGCUUUUGUAAAACCAGUUUCUCAAUCUUCUGUGUAAACAAUGCUUCAUUGUCUUGCUUCAAAGUAUCAUCUAGUUUGUCAUCCUGUAGUCUUGUCAUUUUUUUAAGGCCUGAAUUCAGACAUUUUUAAGCAGAUAUGUGAGAUCUGAUAAUUCACUCAAGUGAAAACAUUCAAUUGCAGCCCAGAAUUGUUUGUUUAUUCAGAAGUUGGAACUAAUAUUUUAAUAGAUUUUUUUUUCCUAUAGAAUUUUCCACAUGGCACUGAUUUCUGUUCAGGAGACAGGGUGAUGUCUGACUUAACGUAGGUAUGCUCUGUGUUCCAGAAUAAUUUGUAUUAGAUUAUUAUGCUGGAGCCAUACCAGCUGGAGAGCUUGGGAUGGUCCAGUGCCUAUUUAUGUUGCAAUGAGCUCUUUGUUAGGAUAAAUGCUGUUUGAAAUGCAAUAAACUUUUGAGGUUAA